AUGCGUGAAAUCGUUCAUAUUCAAGCUGGUCAAUGUGGAAACCAAAUAGGAUCAAAAUUUUGGGAAGUUAUUUCUGAUGAACAUGGUAUCGAUCCAACAGGUACAUAUCAUGGUGAUUCUGAUCUUCAACUUGAACGUAUAAAUGUUUAUUAUAAUGAAGCAGCUGGUAANUUAUUCAAACGUAUUUCAGAACAAUUUACAGCUAUGUUUCGUCGAAAGGCUUUCUUACAUUGGUAUACAGGUGAAGGCAUGGAUGAAAUGGAAUUUACUGAAGCUGAAUCAAAUAUGAAUGAUUUAGUGAGUGAAUAUCAACAAUAUCAAGAUGCAACAGCUGAAGAGGAAAGUGAAGGUGUCGAAGGCGAAGAAGAAGAACAACAUGCAUAA